UAGCUUUGGUCGCCUCGCGGUGUCCGAACCCCGCUUCCCCGCCCUGUUUCAGUCCCGGACGGUUGCGUGUAACUUUAAGAACUAAAGUUCUGCGCAGAGAAACUGCCCAGGGGAGUGCGCCUCCCUCCUGCAUACAGUAGGCGCUUAUUUAGCACCCUGCAGCCAUUAUGGAUACCAACACCUCAUCAGCCUCCCAGGAUUUGCACUACUGCUGGCCUGCUGUUACCCUCUCAGACUCUGGGCCCAGUGCUGCUCCUUAUCUUGGGCGUGAGCUCAAAGUCUGGAGCCCGAAGGGAGAGCUUUGGGAAAUCCUCAUCUUCCUUUAGGUUGGAUGUCUGGCUUUCCCAAGGUGCCGCAGUGGUACCUGCCAGUACUUGGGUUGCCUUCUUUCCUUGCUAAGGAUCCCCUUACCUGAAGUUCUAGGCCACCUUUCGUGGUCUGGCCCUAUUGGAGACACAGCCUGCACCUGCACCUUGGGAGGACAAGCUUACCUGAGUAAUAACGCUUGCCACUCUUCGCAGCCUCUCCUACCCAUCAUGAGCGAGGUUUCCUGCAGAAAACGGGAGGACUAUUUGGAGUGGCCUGAGUAUUUCAUGGCAGUGGCCUUCCUAUCAGCACAGAGAAGCAAAGAUCCGAAUUCCCAGGUCGGGGCCUGCAUCGUGAACGCGGAGAACAAGAUUGUCGGGAUCGGGUACAAUGGCAUGCCGAAUGGGUGCAGCGACGACCUGUUGCCUUGGAGGAGGACGGCAGAGAACAAGCUGGAUACCAAGUACCCUUACGUGUGCCAUGCGGAGCUGAAUGCCAUCAUGAACAAAAACUCAGCUGAUGUGAAAGGCUGCAGUAUGUACGUCGCCUUGUUCCCGUGUAACGAGUGUGCUAAGCUCAUCAUCCAGGCAGGUAUAAAAGAAGUUAUUUUCAUGUCUGACAAAUACCACGACAGUGAUGAGACCACAGCGGCAAGGCUCAUGUUUGAUAUGGCUGGGGUUGCAUUCAGGAAAUUCACACCCAAGUGCAGCAAGAUUGUCAUCGACUUUGAUUCAAUUAACAGCAGGCCAAGUAAGACGCUUCAGUGAGUUACGUCUCAUGAAAACGCCAGAAGAUUGGGACUGUCCCCUUCUAAGGAGCUGCCGAUGCCUUCCAUCUUGAAGCCAGCACGGCGAGAGCGGAUAGAAAGCCUGCAGGACGUGAAGCCUCAAAUCUUCCUUCGUCCCUCGCGGCGCACGGACUCUGCCAAUGCUACAGAACCCAUGGAGGUGGCUUGGAGGGAGCCUGGGGCCAGCCGGCCGGGGCGGGGGCCCUGCACAGGGGCACGGCCAUCUGUCCUCCGCCCCACUGUGGCCUGGGCUGAGGGAUGGACGGACUGACGGAGGAGUGAGGCUGGCUGUGCGGGAUGCACCACACAUCGACAAGGACAUCUGGCCCAAAUGAAGCAUGAGCGCCGUGCCCCGGGGGGCCGCCACCGCUCACACCAGGCCUCAGCCCCAGACCAGGCGCCUCCCCGAGCCGAAGUACCUUCUCCGUGCCUGCUGCCCUGCCACAAGGAAGAGACCCCUCCAUGGGGGCCUCGGCAGCUGUGACAUUGAGCUGUUCCCAGAGGAGACAGCUCACUUCCCACCAGGCCACGCCCUGCUGUGCUAGCUGAGAGGCGUGGCUGGGGCGGGGCAUGCACGCAGGGGCGGGGCCUCCUGCAGGCACACACACUAGCCCGCUUCAUUUCCGCGGGGAACACUGGUUUCUGCGCCCCUGGAGGCUGCUGGUGAUGGAGCUGCUGGUGGCUGGCACUCCUCCACGCUCCUUGGCUCCUGGCACUGCGCCUUCAUCUGCGUGAAUAUCAGCUUCCUAAUCACCGGGGCUUGGGGACUGUGGGCCUGUGCACCUUGUCUUUAAUCUCAUUUAAUUUUUUAUUAAGCACGCUCAGGACCUCUGCUGCAAAAAUGGUUUCUUUAUCCUAAAGAUUAUUACCUUUUUAAAGUGCUCUUAGACUUUCAUGAGUUUUUAUUUUGUCUCUGAGGUUUCGUACUCCAUAUUCUAGGGCAUUUUGUAAUUUGGCUCCUUACCAAUUUUAUUAAAAUCUUAUUAAGAUGUGCCGCA